AUGGAUCAAUAUCCUGAUGAGAAUGAAGAGUUCGAGCUGCAGUACCAGGAUGAAAUGGAAUUGCUCGAGGAUAUACCGCACGAGUACGACGCCGUCAAUGAUGGACCCAGUACAUCGCAUCAGGCUGCAGCUGCACUGGGGCAACAACAACAAAAGACAGGAGCAAAUGCACCCACUACUGCUGCUGCAAUCAAGGAUGUAUCACGCUUAAGCAAUUCCACUCUGAGCUCCCCGCAGCUGUCUCAGAUUUCCUUCGGUGCCACUCAAACUGAUGCCGGCGGUGGCGGACAUGUGAAUCGACGUCUCUUUGGCACGCCCAGAGGCCCGACAGUAGGGCGCGGCUGCUCUACGCCCCUGCAGCGCAUGCCGGCCAUAGAGGAGGUAGCAAAUGCCACUGUAGACAUCGAAACACCGCUGCCGAACGCCGCCGCAGAACAGCUACAGGAAUUGGGGCUGCGCGGCACCAACAAGCGCCGACUUGAACGCGAUCUCUUUGGCGACAUUGACGAUCUAUAUUACGAAAGCUAUGAGGAUCCCAUGGUAAAGAAGGCGCGCACCGAGGAGCAACGCGAUAACGAAGCCAUUGAACGCAUACUGGAGCUAAGGCGCAAGCUGCGGGAAACUAGCAAAACUGUGCGCCAUGAUGAUGUAUCACGUCUGCGAGCCCUGCACGACUUCAAAAUGAAGAACCUGUCAUAUGAUAUUCCCUCCUGGCCAUUCCUGGCACUGCAACGCAGCGAUUUGGAACGCCUCUAUGUACGUUUUCACUCGGAGGACUAUGAGCGACGGCAGCUAGAGCUACUCAGCGCACGAGGCGAUCUAAUAGGCAGUCUACUGGGCGAGGCCAAGCAGCAGGUGUGGCAGGAAGCCAACGAGCUGGUGUUACGACGCUUGGCACCUGCCACGCAGCCCAUCAACGCCGCGCCAGCUCCAUCUAGUCCUGAUAUGGGACGCCUUUGGGUGGACAAGUACAAGCCGCGGAAAUAUAUUGAUUUGCUCUCGGAUGAGAUGACCAAUCGCAGUCUGCUCUACUGGCUUAAAAUGUGGGACAAGGUGGUCUUUGGCAAGGUCUUUCACAGCAAGCAGGAACAGCAGACAGCCAACACUGGAGCAUCGGGCGCACAGCAGUUAAAUAGCUUCAACAAACGCACUGGCAAAUUUGAAUCGAAUGGCGGCUGGCGACAGCGCAAGGCGCGUCAAGCGUUGAACACUAAUGUGGAUGAACUGGGCAGGCCCAUGCAAAAGGUGGCGCUGCUCUGCGGUCCACCUGGUCUGGGCAAGACGACGCUGGCGCAUACAAUUGCCCGUCAUGCAGGGUACAAUGUACGCGAGAUCAAUGCCUCGGAUGAUCGCAGUCCAGAUGCCUUUAAGCUGGCACUGGAGAAUGGCACACAGAUGUCAUCGGUGCUCAAUCAGGAUAAAAGACCUAAUUGCAUUGUGCUGGAUGAGAUUGAUGGCGCACCGCGCCAGUCCAUCGAGUAUCUGGUCAAAUUUGUUAGCGAUGGCAUAUUUAGUAAGGUCAAAGCCAAGGGCGCCAAGGCGGAGCACAAUGUGCUGCGUCGUCCCAUCAUCUGCAUCUGCAAUGACAUUUACGAUCCCGCGCUGCGACCCUUGCGCCAAAUUGCGUUUGUGGUCAACUUUCCGCCCAUCGAUUCAGCGCGUCUGGCCGAGCGGCUGGUGCAAAUUGCCAAAAAAGAGCACUUGAAAACGGACUUUGGCUCGCUUAUUGCAUUGGCUGAUAAAUCGGGCAACGAUGUGCGCAGCUGCAUCUCAUCUAUGCAGUUCUUCAACGUACAAAAGCACAGUCUUACGCUGCAGGAUGUGCUUAACAAUAAUCUGGGUCAAAAGGAUCGCCAUCAGGGUCUGUUUGAUGUGUGGGGUGCUGUGUUUAGGAUACAACGUCCAAAGAAACAGCUACAGCAAAGCAGCUCGAACAAUGCCGAGGAGCCCGUCCAGGUGACCAUGACGAAUAUGUCUGUGGCGACGCGAGUGCGCAAUGUGCUCGACGUGGUACAUUCCAGCGGAGACUACGAGCGGCUCACUCAAGGCGUCUAUGAAAACUAUUUGCAGCAAAAGAUGCCGGAUCCGAAUUUUACGGGCAUCUGUGAGGCUCUUCAAUGGUUCUGCUUCUCGGAUACGCUGCAGCAUCAAAUCUCACGGCAGCAGAACUAUAGCAUCUAUCCAUAUUUGCAGUACGGCUUUGUGGUCUGGCAUUUGCUCUUUGCCACACUGGCCUGGCCGAAAAUUGCAUUUCCCACGCGUGGCUUUGAGUUCAAUCAGAAGUGCACGAACCAGCGCAACAUCUUUCUGGCGCUGCGCAAAGGUGUCACCACAUCGGCGCAGGGCGUGGGUCAGGGCAACACUCUGCUACUGGACACGGUCCCGCUGCUGAAGCGGAUUCUGUCGCCACAGUUGCGUUCGGUGGCUGUGCAACUGCUAUCGCAAAAAGAGCAAUACGAUCUGCGGCACACAAUUCAAGUAAUGGUUGAUCUUGGCUUGACCUUUGUGCAAGUCAAAUCGGCGGAGGGUCAUUAUGUCUUUCAAACCGAACCGGACUUGGAUACGCUCUGUGCAUUUCCAGGAUUUACCGGUCUCACGCUGCCCUAUUUCAGUCGCCAGCUGAUUGCACGCGAGGUCGAUCUGGAGCGCAUACGUCGCGCCGCGCCCAAAGGUGACCAGGCGGAUGCAACAAGAAGCGCGGCAGCUGCUCCAGUGGCUGCUACAAAGCAGAAGCCAGUUGCUGCACGUCUGCCGAAUCAUUUGCAAACAUUGAAGCCAAAACAAAUAACCGACUUCAAUGCGCCCAAACAGCAGCUUACCAAAGACUUUUUUGGACGAGUUACCCAUAAAACAUCAGCAGCGUCUGUGACGGAGGAGGUCAAAACAGAUGCGAUUGUUAAGAGCCCAAUAUGGUAUCGCUAUAAGGAGGGCUUCAACAAUGCUGUGCGCAAGGAUGUUCAUCUAAACGAGCUGCUUUAA